CUGCUCCUUUCCUCUCCUCCCUCCACACCAGGAGAGGGGCGGGGCUGGCCGCGUGUCCAUGGCGACGGCGGACGCGGCGGUGCAGGCUGCUGGUACCUACCUGCUAGAGAGGCGCAGGCAGCGGCGGAGAUCCCGAUUGGGGCGGGGCCAUGUCGGACCUGGGCUCGGAGGAGUUGGAGGAGGAGGGCGAGAAUGAUCUUGGGGAAUAUGAAGGGGAUCGAAAUGAGAUGGGUGAACGGCACGGACAUGGGAAAGCGAGACUGCCCAAUGGGGAUGUAUAUGAAGGGAACUAUGAACACGGUAAAAGACAUGGCCAGGGGACCUACAAAUUUAAAAGUGGUGCUCGAUAUGUCGGAGAAUAUGUUAAAAAUAAAAAGCAUGGUCAAGGCACUUUUAUAUAUCCCGAUGGAUCAAAAUAUGAAGGGGAGUGGGCGAACGACCUGCGGCAUGGCCACGGCGUGUACUACUACGUCAACAACGACACCUACACCGGGGAGUGGUUUGCUCACCAAAGGCACGGCCAAGGCACCUACUUCUAUGCGGAGACUGGCAGCAAGUACGUGGGCACCUGGGUGAACGGACAGCAGGAUGGUGCAGCCGAGCUGGUUCACCUGAACCACAGGUACCAGGGCAAGUUCUUGAACAAAAAUCCUGUUGGCCCUGGAAAGUAUGUAUUUGACAUUGGAUGCGAACAGCACGGGGAAUAUCACUUAACAGGUGUGGAAAGAGAAGAGGAAGAAGAGGGGGAGACAUUAGUGACCGUCAUCCCCAAAUGGAAGGCCACCAGAAUCACAGAAUUGGCCUUGUGGACCCCCACCCUCCCUGAGAAGGAGCGCCUGGCAGACGGAGCUGGCCAGGAGGAGGCCCCAGGAGCCGAGGGCAGGGGCGAGCCGGCGGAGGAGGCCCAGCCUCUGACGGACCUCUCAGAGGGGGAGAUGGACUCACUGCGGCCCGGAGAGGAGGAGGGAGACAUCACCAGGGAGGAGAGAGAGGGGUUCCACUAUGACAGCCUGGACCAGGGAAAUGUUAGUUUUGAAGAAGAAGAAAACAGGCCCUCAGAUCUACGAGACUGAGAUGAAGAAGCCAAAACGUGAGGAGAGUGUGUGAGGAAGGCGUGCCUGUUGCCAGGGCAGCUGGUACAAAUCUGUCACUAGCCUUUCUUACUUAGUUGUUUGCUAAAAUGUUUUACGACUGCAAAUAAAUGUCUUCAUUAUUCUUUGUUUGUGAAUAGCCUCUGUUCAAAUCCCGUAAGGGCUGCCAGGUUAUUUUGCCAUUGUUUUUUGGUGGAGUUUUCUGGGUUAAAGAAAAAUGUCACAUGACUGAAGCUCUGCAGAGGAUGGCCGAUGGAAAUGGAUUCCGGCUGCGUUAGUCGAGUGACUACAUUCUGAAGUUCCUCGCUCGAGUCUCCUUCCAGAGAGCUUGGAAAACACCUAGAAGAUAAGGAUUCCUGUGCGCGACUCUCACCAAACACAGUGUGAGAAAUACGUUUCAGGCCCGGGUCAGAAACCACCAGCAGCUGCUGGAGGAGGCAUCUCCGUCCAUCCUGUGCCUUCAGCGUCCCAGGGUGGACGUGGGGCUGCCAGCCAGGGGUCCCUGCGAUGGCUGAGGGCUGGGCUGCCCACAGGUCUGGCACUGGCCUGUGUGCACACUGUUCAGGUCUCUGGGGGCUGGGGGCUAACGCCUAGGUCACAGUCAGGUUCUUUGCAGGUGCACCUUGGUUCGUUGUGCUUGGCUUCAUCGUACUUUGCAGACGACUGCAUUUUUCAUAAAUGGAAGAUUUGGAGCAACCCUGCAUCGAGCAAGGCUAUCGGCUCCGUUUUUUCCAACGGCGCUUGCUCACUUCAUCUCUGCGGCACAUUUUGGUGAUUCUCACAGUACUUCCAACUUUUUCGUGACUUUUGUGUUUGUGGCGGUGAUCUGUGAUCUGUGAUCUUUGAUGUGACUGUUGCCGUUGUUUUGGGGCCACCAUGAACUGCACCCAUAUAAGAUGAGAAUUUAAUAGAUCCGUGUCAUGUGUUCUGACUGCUCCACCCACCAACCGUUCCCCCAUCUCUCUCCCUCUCCUCCGGCUUCCCCAUUGCCUGAGACACAACAAUGUUGAAAUUAGGUGACUUAAUAACCCUACAAUGGCCCCUAAGUGUUCAAGUGACAAAAGAGUCACUUGUCUCUCACUUUGAAUCAAAAUCUAGAAAUGACUAAAGUCAGUGAGGAAGGCUUGUAGAAAGCUGAAAUUUCUCAGGCCAAAAUCUAGGCCUCUUGCAUCCAGCAGUUAGCCAAGCCGUGAAUGACAAGAAGUUCUUGCAGGAAAUGAAAGCACUGCUCUAGUGGCCACAUGGAGGAUGAGAAAGCAAAGCAAGCUGAUUGCUGGUGUGAGAAAGCGUCAGAGUCUGGACAGAAGGUCAAACCAGCAGCAGCAUUUCCUUAAGUCAAAGCCUCGUCCAGAGCAAGGCCCAACUCUCCUUGAGUCGAAGAAGGCUGAGAGAGGCGAGGAAGCUGCAGAAGAGAUAUCUGAAGCUUGCAGGGGUUGAUUCCUGAGGCUGAAGGAAAGAAACCAUCUCCGUGACAUCGAAGCACAAGGUGAGGCAGCAGGUGCUGAUGUAGAAGUUGCAGCAAAUGAUCCAGAAGCUCCAGCUCAGGUCAUUCAUGGAGGCAGCUGCACUGAACAACACGUUCUCAGAGCAGAUGAAACAGCCUUGCACUGGAAGAAGACGCCAUCUUGAGGUUUCAUAGCUGGAGAGGAGAAGUCAGCACCUGGCUUCAAAGCUUCAAAGGACAGGCUAACUCUUUCAUUAGGGGC